GCCAUGAAGUUGCUAAAACUCUUCUUUGCUCUAUCUGCAACCAUAGCUACUGUUGCAGCUCUGCAGUCAGAUCAUUACAACGAAAACUCAAACACGCAAAGACAACUCUCAUUGGCUGAAAUUCAAGAAGCUGUAACUUCUUUACGAGGGGUUGGCCGCGUUCUUGCCCAGCAGAACCUGGUAGCCAAUUCGACAUGCAAUGAAUUGCCUCGCAUUUGUCGACUGAAGAGAAGUCCAGGGCCAGAUUGCUGCAAUAAGAAAUGCGUCGACGUUAAGACAGAUCGCUUCAACUGUGGAAUGUGUGGCUACAAGUGCAAGUACACUGAAACAUGCUGCAAAGGAACGUGUGUGAACCCAUCAUUUGAUAAAAGACAUUGUGGUGGAUGCAACAAGAAGUGCAAGAACGGGGAAUUUUGUGUUUAUGGGAUGUGUAGCUAUGCAUGAAUGCGUCACAAACCGUGUAAUUCUCUGAUACAGAGUAUAUUUCCUUUCAUGUUUCUGCGAGACUGAGUCUCUUUCUCUAAGGAACACCAUGGUUCUGUUGGCUUAAUUUAUAUUUCA